CAGACUUAAUCAGAAGAAGAAGAAGACUGCUAAAACUACAGUGAGAAUUUUCAAGUCUAUACUGGUUGUUCAUUGUAGGUCUACAUGACAUUUGGAUGUGCUUUGGAAAGCCAAAUAUAUGAUUUCAGUACAAGUUGGUUGCUGAGCCUGCAUGAGACUGAGUGCUGGUGUCCAUGUCUGGUGCUGGGAUUCUUUUCAGUCAGCUGAGCUGAGCUUGAGGCUAAUCCGUGCCUUGAUAAAAAACAAGAUAUAGAUCUAGUGCAGGUAACAUGGAAAGCCUCAACAAAUCCACUAUCAAAACCAGACUCCAGGAAAGAGACCUCAGUAAAAGAUUGCGAGAGCCAGAUAUAUUGUUGUAUGCAAGUCAGAAGAAGAGAGCAUCAGUUCUUUUGCCUUUGAUACUCUGCCAAAAUGGAGUCGUUGAGAUACUUCUGACAGUGAGGGCGGCCCAUCUCCGGAACGAUGCUGGUGAUGUCGCCUUCCCAGGUGGUAAGCAGGACGACGAGGAUAAGGAUGAAACCAUGACAGCACUGCGGGAGGCUUGGGAGGAGAUUGGUCUUCACAGUGUGGACGUUGAGGUGGUGUCCCAGCUUCCUCCAAUGAUAUCCCGUACAGGAUACUUCAUCACACCAAUAACAGGAUUCAUCCCUGAGACCUUUGAACCCAAUAUCAACCCAAAUGAAGUAGACGAUGUCUUCCGUGUACCCCUCAUUGAUUUCCUCUUGCAUGAUCACCACAAGUCACAAAAAACGCCAAAUAAAGGACGAUUCGCUUGGCUUCACUUCUUUGAACACACCAUAAAUGGCAAGAAGUUUAUGACUUACGGUUUAACAGCGUAUCUCUGUAUCCUAGCUGCUUGUGUCGUAUACCAGAGAGCUCCAGACUUUGAAAUGGAACCAGGCUUCGAUCAUGAUAAUUUAGCUCAGGGUUUUAUAGACCACAUGGAGAGGAACAAGAAAGAAGACAUGCUUUCAUCUAGUGGAAGCAAAUUAUGAAAUGAAUCAUUCAGAGACAGUGCGUGUGACCAAGUUCACUAAAGUCUCACAAUCAUAAUUUCAUUACAGGAGUUCGUAAUCAACAGAUGUGUUUAGUUCUUUCUCUAUUUUUGCAACAUGUACACUUGAAACCUCGUCUUUUUACCAUAGACUGUAGUUUUUAAAAUUGACAAUCAUUUGUCACCUAUCUGGGGCUAUCAUUAGUUUGCAGUAAGUCUGUAGAACAGAUGCCAUUUAAACAUGUUGUGAAUUCGACAUGCGUUUUAAUGGGGAAUCGGGGAUGUCCAUGAUGAACUUGAAUUUAUAAUGUUCUUGAGGGACUAGCUAGUCGAGCAUCUGUUGUAAUUUCAGAUACAAGUGCAUCAGUGCUCACCCUGGUAGGCUGGUUAUAAUAUGGAAAGGUUGGAUGUUGAUUAGUAUAGAUGCAUUCUUUGUUAAAUAGUCAAGGUUUCAUGUUUUAUGCACCACAACAUUCCACAAAGCUACCAAAUUUGGGGAAAAAACUAGUACGAUGUAUUAAUAAUACUUGCAGCUGAAAUUUCAUUCAAAAUAUUGUAAGGAUUGAGAUCAUGAAUAUUGCAUGAUAAAUGACCAAAGUUGAACUUCUUAAAAAUGGUGUUUAAAUGGGAGAUAAUUUCAUUCUCCAAACUUGUCGUAACAAAUGUGUAUACAGUGGAACCUCAUAAAUAACAAGGUCCUUGGGACCACGGAAAUUAACUUAUGUUAGGAAUGUUGUUAUAUGAGGGUAAACAAAAUACAAAAAUGAAGAGCUGGAACGAGCAAAAUCACCUUCUUAUAACAGAUACCUAUAUCUGAGCUCUUUAUAA